UAAUCAAAAUGGCUUCCAGCUGGUCCUAGGUGGGGACGAGGAGGCUUGAGGCCUAGACGUGAGACUCCGGCCGGGGAAGGCAGAUUGAUUAGGGGAGGAAGGGGGGGCCUCAGUCAAGGCCCCUGAAUGAGGUUCUGGGAAAAACCCCUCUUGUUUGGUGGCCCAAAUGCAGCUUUCCACACGGUUGGAGGAACAUCACACUCACUCAGCCUCUCAUCCUUGGAAUUUUAAAGCUUCAGCCUCAACCCGCUUCCCACCGGGCUCUUGCCUCAGUGCGGUCCCUACUUGCGUCUUGCUGGUAAACCCGUACUUUGCUAGCUGAGGAAAAAAUGUUCAUCCUACAAACUCCUUACUCAUGGCCUGGCUCCCAACCUCCAAGAGGAAACAGGAUCCGUCAGAGAGAACCACCCGAUGUCGAGCUCCAAACCAAUCGGUCGGGUUAGAAAAAUAGAAGUAGGUCCCUCCUGUCUUAGGAACAAUCCUGACUUCGGUGCAGUGGAUUCCUCCCGCUCCUCUAGAAUGAAAGUUCCAUGAAAGCAGAGACCUGUCUGUCUCAUUUGCAGUUUUAUCUACAACACCUUGGGCCCUUCCUGGAUCCUGAAGGAUGAGAGAAGUGGUGAGAAAGGAAUCCUGUGUUGAUUCCAGGAGUGAAUUCCAAGAUGAAGCAAAUGUGUUUUGACUGGGGUCCAGGGGAGAUGCUGGUGUGUGAAACCUCCUUCAACAAAAACGAAAAAUCAGAGACCGAACCAGGCUGCCCCUUUAUCUAUAUCAUUCGAAAGGAUAUAGAUGUUUACUCUCAGAUCUUGAGAAAACUCUUCAAUGAAUCCCAUGGAAUCUUUGUGGGCCUCCAGAGAAUUGAAGAAGAAUUGACUGGAAAAUCCAGAAAAGCACAAUUGGUUCGAGUGAGUAAGAACUACCGCUCAGUCAUAAGAGCAUGUAUGGAGGAAAUGCACCAGGUUGCAAUUGCUGCCAAAGAUCCAGCCAGUGGUCGCCAGUUCAGCAGCCAGGUCUCCAUUUUGUCAGCAAUGGAGCUCAUUUGGAACCUUUGUGAGAUUCUUUUUAUUGAAGUAGCCCCAGCUGGCCCUCUCCUCCUUCACCUCCUUGACUGGGUCCGACUGCAUGUGUGUGAAGUGGACAGUUUAUUGGCAGAUGUCCUGGGCAGUGAGAAUCCAAGCAAACAUGAGAGCUUUUGGAACUUGGUGACCAUCUUGGUGCUACAGGGCCGGCUGGAUGAGGCUCGGCAGAUGCUCUCCAAGGAAGCUGAUGCCAACCCCUCCUCUGCAGGCAUGUGCCGAAUCCUGGGGGACCUGAUGAGGACAAUGCCCGUUCUCAGUCCUGGUAACACCCAGACACUGACAGAGCUGGAGCUGAAGUGGCAGCAUUGGCAUGAGGAAUGUGAGCGUCACCUCCAGGACAGCACAUUUGCUGCCAGCCCUCACCUGGAGUCUCUCUGCAAGAUCUUGCUAGGAGAUGAAGCCGCCUUGUUGGAGCAAAAGGAGCUUCUGAAUAACUGGUAUCAUUUCCUAGUGACCCGGCUCCUGUAUUCUCAUCCCACAGUAAAACCCAUUGACCUGCACCUUUAUGCCCAGUCCAGCCUUGACCUGUUUCUGGGAGGUGAGAGCAGCCCAGAACCCCUGGACAACAUCUUGCUGGCCGCCUUUGAGUUUGACAUCCACCAAGUGAUCAAGGAGUGCAGUAUUGCUCUGAGCAACUGGUGGUUUGUGGCCCAUCUGACAGACCUGCUGGAUCACUGCAAGCUCCUCCAGUCGCACAACCUGUACUUUGGAUCUAACAUGAGAGAGUUCCUCCUGCUGGAAUAUGCCUCAGGACUGUUUGCUCAUCACAGCCUGUGGCAGCUGGGAGUGGACUACUUUGACUACUGCCCUGAGUUGGGCCGAGUUUCCUUGGAGCUGCACAUUGAGCGGAUCCCCCUGAGCACUGAGCAGAAAGCUCUCAAAGUGCUGCGGAUUUGUGAGCAGCGGCAGAUGACUGAGCAAGUCCGCAGCAUUUGUAAGAUCUUAGCCAUGAAAGCUGUCCGCAACAAUCGCCUGGGCUCUGCCCUAUCUUGGAGCAUCCGAGCCAAAGAUGCUGCCUUUGCCACGCUGGUGUCAGACAGGUUCCUCAAGGAUUACUGUGAGCGAGGCUGCUUUUCUGAUCUGGAUCUCAUUGACAACCUGGGGCCAGCCAUGAUGCUCAGUGAUCGACUAACCUUCUUGGGAAAGUACCGCGAGUUCCACCGAUUUUAUGGGGAGAAGCGUCUUGCUGAUGCAGCUUCUCUUCUCCUGUCAUUGAUGACUUCCCAGAUAGCCCCACGGUCUUUCUGGGUAAUACUAUUAAUAGAUGCCUUGCCCCUUUUGGAAGAGAAAGAGGUGGUUUUUUCAGCAGAGCAAACAUAUGAGCUGAUGAGAUGUCUAGAGGACUUCGCCUCAAGAAGGCCAGUGUGGAGAGAGCCUGGUGUUCAGCGACUCCAGGAGGACGUGGAGAACACGAAGUUGGAAAUGCUGAGACUUGCUCUUGCACGAAAUCUUGGCCGGGCCAUUAUAAAAGAAGGCUCACUGGAAGGAUCCUGAGGUCAGCCAAGAGCUGCUUCAAUGUGUCAUUUUCAUAUGGCAAUGUAUAUAGAUUUCUGAAAAAAUAAAUUUUUCUUCCCCCAAA